UACGAUUUAUGAAAUCAGCUGUUCGUCACAUCUGGUCACAUCGAGGAGCAUCGAGGAAGAACUCGGUGCGACACCGUGGUCUAGAUCUCGGAUUGUAACGCGGCGAUCCGAGUUUCGAAAAUUCAUGCCAGUUUAGAUAACAAUGUGUAUUUCCUUGUUGUGUUGUUUUCUGUGACUCCUAGAUGUUCCAAAUUCCGCCUUCAUUGAAAACGUUUCGAUCUACGGUCGUCCAAAAUGACAGGAUUGCUGGCAAUAUGCAUCAUUUGUUUUAUUGUCUAUUGCAGUUUUACAUGGAUUCUCCCAAGAGGUCUGGCAUGGCUAGUGAAAAGGCGCUACAGAAUCCAUCUCCGUGUUGGUCACAUAUCUCUACCCUAUUUUAUAUUACGUGACGUUAUAGUUUCUAAAAAUGGUUUCACAGUUCAAAUGGAAAAGAUCACCCUCCGCAGUAGUUUAUUUAGUAGUGAAGUAGCAAAAUUACUUGAAGUCGUGAUGCAUGAUGUGAGAAUCAAUAAGGAUGUUCCUGUUAGGCCACAUUGUGAACCAAGAGACUUAGGCAAGCCCUAUGACUUCAGGAACAGGAAGAUUCCUACGAUCAUCAUAACCUUUGUUCAGUUCAUGGCUGUUCACGUGGAGAAUUUGAGUCUCUUGGCUCUAGGGAACGGUUGGUUGGCGAAUGGAAGUGCUGAGAGUCUUAGUUUGGAUGGCAGUGUGGUUCAUGGAGCUCGCACGUUGUUGGCAUCAGCUGUGGUAACCGGAGGGGCGAUGAAACUGUUACGACAUGCAUCAGACGCUUGUCUCUCUCAAUUAAGUUUUGCUGGAACAAUCGAAGCGACUUUGAAGGCCCAAGGCGAGCUUACUGUAGAGAAAUUGUUUAUCGGAGUGACACAGACAGAAGGUUCUGGAGGAGCUGGUCUCCUUCAGUUCCUCAGGGACAGAAAAUCGUUAACACCCGGAAGAGCACAGAGCUACGAUUCUGCACCGUCCGAUCAACCGGCCAGCGAUCUUUUGGCUAGGUUAGCACCGAUUUUGCCCAAGAAUCUCACUUUGAAGAUGGGUAGCUCUUCUGUGAUAGCUGGACGAGAGGAAGGCACGAUCGUCGGGCUCGAAGGCAUGAUGAAGAGCCUCGAGGUCGAUGCUACCUUUCAGCCCGAAGGACCGAACGUUCAUCUUGCUGUUAAUUUAGAAGGACUUACCAUUCGUGGCAAACAUCCGGUUUUGUCUCUACGAUCCUUGUCCAUUGAAUCAGGAAUGAAGGACGACGUACUUCGUAUCGAAAGCCAAUUGAACAGUCUUUACAUGACUUACGAUCCUCGUGACUGGGAAUCGAUUAUUUCGAAUGCUACGCAAGAUAUUCCAACGCCCGACGUUCACAUCGCCUCGACAGCCAAGUUUCCAUGGCUUGAAAUCCAAGCUACUACAGAAUUGCACGAUGGUUCACUAAUCGUCAGACUUCCCGACGUUCCGGACGUUCCCGAUGCUUGCUGCAGCGUUGCUCACGUUAGCCUUUCAUUGGAUCGCCUCGCAGAAAAUUCUGCAAAGCACAAUAGGUGGAACACUAAAUUGAUGAUCGGUUCUUUACGAUGUGCUCUCAGCGGUACAGAACCAGGAAUUCCUGAGGCUGCUCAUAAUUGGGGAAAUCCACUAUCUAUCGGUGUUCUCGUAGCUACUACGGGCCCCAACGCAGUCGGCAUUGUUCUCGAUACUUUAAGAACUGAGUGGAGUCUUGAAUUUGCCAGAUUCCUUCAGCAAGGAUUCAGAUAUUACAACGAGCACAAACGACUCAAGUCAGUAGAAAUAUCGAAAGAGAAAAGCAACGUGGAUGCUGUGCAAUUGAACCUCAAAGUUUCCAACUGCAAUUUGUUCUUCAUAGCCGAGAACGAAUUGUCUGUGAUGUUGAGACUCGAUUCGGCGACUUUGGAGCACAGUGCGAAACGCUUCGUUGGUGUUUCGGAGGGUGUAUGUGCAAUAACGUUGAACAAGAAUGAACCCAUAAUGUGCGAGCAUGCACAGUCGCUGAAGCAGCCAUUCCUCGCAGUGAGAAGAUGCAAAGGAGCGAUAACGUCAGAUGUGAUAAACGUUAGUCUCGACGGAACGAACAUAACGUGGAGUCCGAAUUUGCAUCUUCGAUUGUUGCAUCUUUGGCGGGAAUCCGCGGACUUCCGUUCGACUUUCUCUAGCGACGAGGCCGAAAAUAAUAAAGUGACAAAGCCCAAACGGAGCCUUGAUCUUCUGGCAACCGGUGGAAUAGCUCUGACGAUUGAUAUUUCGCCUCAACACUUCCUCGAACUCUCGUCCGAUCAAUUACGUUGCUCGAACGGCGAAUGGACCCUGAACUUUUUGCGAAUGGCCCUCGACUUAUCCGAAAUCAUAACAAUUGAGGGAUUCGAAAUUGUACGACUCCGCGACAGCGCAGAGGUCCGAAUCGAGAGACAAAACAACGAGGGAUUCGAACUCGAUUGGAACGAAACGUGGAUGUGCAGUAUCGAAUCUGCCAAAGCUUGUUUCCCUUACGAGCAUCAAUUCACCGAUGCCAUUCAGAACGAACUUUUCAGUAUAAGAAAGUGGUUGAAGGAAAUUCACUCUUCCGGAUCUCCCAAAGACAAACCUGUACCCAGCGACCUCGUUAUAAAGAUAAAAGAAUGGGUGUUUGAGGUCAGCGACGAUCCGUUCGAGGUACGUUUGCGCGACAAUUACGAGCUUCUGGAGGACGAGUACAAGGAGUCAUUGAAGCGUCAGGCGAUGUUGGAUGGUAAAGUGCAAGAAUUGCGACGCGCGCAUUUGAUUCUAGCGCAGGACAAAGUGGAAGAAUUGUAUGCGAGUUUGAGUAAAAAGAAUGCGGAGAUAUACGUUCAGCGUUGGAGGCAAAUGCAGCGAGCGGGCCCGGUCCGGACUCGUUUGUUUGCUUGGACGAUGCAGGAUCUGGAGAUAAUAGCAUUGGCAGAUCCGACGAUUCACGGUACAGAACGAGCGGUGAAGGCACUCGUCGAGAUGGACAGUGAAACGCCGUGGCCGGAGGACGGUCUCGAGUUCAAUACCCUCUGGGUGCGCGGCAUAUCGGUCAAAUGUGCCGAAUGGAAGUUGCAAUUGCGGGAUUUUCCACAACCGCUCUUGCUCGUCGAAGGUUUGAGCAUUUGGGGUCGUUUGGCGGGUGCUGAAGCUCUGGCACACUCCCGAGCUCGCAGAACGGUCAGGAUCGAAGUCGGAUAUCCCUGGGACGAUAUCGUGGUAGAGCGGGGAAUGACAUCACUCAAAUACUACCACGAUUUGAACUGGGACAUCGACAAAUUUCGUUACGCCUUCGGUCCAUGUUGGGAGCCCGUGAUAGCUCAGUGCAAUCUUAGUUUCGAAAAAAUUCUCCACCCCUCUCGGGAUCCGAGUCCACCUUUGCCGUUCUGGGACAAAAUGCGAUUGGCGCUUCAUGGACGAUUGACACUUUGUGUGAAACAAUUGACCGUCUUAUUCCACGCUUCUCUGGAUCCUUACAACACGACCGAAGAGAUGGAAGUGACCUGGUCGAGCCUCGAGCUCGAUUGGACACUCGGCAAAAUAAUAAUCAAAGGAGAUUUGGACGUUUACGUGAGAACAGCGAGUAAAUACGACGACUGUCGUUUACUCCAUUUGCCGAAUGUUAAAUUGUCGAUAAAACUCGCUUGGGUGUGUCUCGGUGAUCAUCGCGAUCAUCACUCGGCAAUUCCCUGCGCUCCGGAUCGUUUGCCCGAAUAUUCGAGCAAUCAAGAGCACGAUUCGUUUCGGGCGUUCAGAUCGCAGAAUCUCAACGUGAGCUUGUCCCUCGAGACGAAACCGAUUGAGACAGGAUCCCCGAACAUAACGUCGAGCGCACCGACCGCUGUUUUGUACGGCAGUACUUUGAGGUGGUUUGAAAACCUCAAAUUCAUUCUCUCCGGGGCGACGAGACCAACGCGGAAAGGUCCGUUGUUCAAGAACGUAAGACCCCGUAAGAAGCAGCUCAGCAGACACUACCGGAAAGUUCGGCUGACUCUCGCUUUCCAUCGUUUUCACGUCAGUUACUGGAUGUCUUUCGCUAUGCAGCGUGGCUUCGAGGUCACCGGAGGACGCGUCGUGUGCAGCUCGGAACACAAUCUCUCGCUCCAUCCCAUCGAUGACGGUCUCAUUCACCGUCCACGUGCCGAAUGGUCCGUUAUUUAUAUGAAUUGUGAUUUGAGCGAUGCUGAAAUAUGGCUCAAGAGCGCUCUCCAGGAGGAAGAGGAAAGUGCUUCUCUGAGGCAGCCCGUUGAAAAAUGUUACUGUCUCAGUGUAACUCGCGUGAGUUACGGUCGCGAAGCCCUCGUCACAGGCGUCAGCGGCGACAUACCGACUCAUCGCCUCGUCGUGCACGACUUAAAAGGCGCCUGGACCAAGACCAACAGAGACGUCGCUUUCGCGCUCUUCGAUUCGUUCAUUAAGACUCAGCAGCUCAAAAAAAAUUUGUCCACCGCAGCCCUCAAAGCUUUCCAUCGUGAGAGCAGCGUCACACCGCAAAAAAGUCGAGCCAGACCCGUUGAAACCACACCGAGUAGCGCAUCAACCACCGCCCAAGCGACCCCCUCACUCACAUCCAAAACUUCUGGUCAUCAAGGCGAAGCUGCUGGUAUGCUCCAGCGACUCAUUGCCGAAGCUGCCAACAAACCUGUCGCUUUCAGCGAUGACUUGUCAGUUCAGACGAGAGGACAACAACUCAGGGGACUCGCUGCUUGCCACCAGGAUGGAGUGCUUCACAAGAAUUGGCUUAUAAUACUCGUCAACAGUCAAGUUCUUCUCAAAGGCAUUGAAACACGCGGAUACGUUAUCCUUUCGGCUGCGAAAGCUGAAAUAUUGCAAAGAGUUCACAGGCCUGUGUGGCGGGAAAGAACUCUCGUUUCAAAAACAACGUGGGUCGGUUCCCUCGAAUGUAUGCAAUAUUAUGCGACUGUCAGUGCCAAUAUUGAUGAUAAUAUUGAUGAUAACAUCAUGUGGCUUACUCUGGAUAAUAUUCAGGAGAAGGACUCGACCGUAAUAGCUGGACUGCCUGACGUGCCAGCCCUCGUUGGAUCCGGGCAAAGCGUCGGUGGCGUUGUGAGCCAAACGGUCGGUGGCGGUGGGGGCUUGCAGCAUCAACUGCAACGUAUCGUGUCACGCUGCAAAUGUGAAUUUUUUUACGUUGGUUACGGCCAGUCAUUGGAUUCGGAUUGUUUGGACGAGGUGCCACCGCUUCCCCGGGAAGAAGUAACGCCCUGGGAGAGGAAAGACCUUUCGGCUGCGGAUGCGUUUACUUUGAUGCAUCACGACCUCGAUGUUUGCACGAAUUCGUUGCAGUACGCGAUGAUACUCGACGUUGUGAACAAUUUGCUGUUGUACGUUGAGCCACGACGAAAAGAAGCCCUGGAACGUCUCCAGCGUAUGAGGUUUCAGUUACAAUUGCAUUCGGUCGAAGACCAAAAAAUACCGAUUCAACAAUUACAAAAUACUGUUAGAGGUUUAGUCUCGAAACUUCGAAGACUCGAAAGGGAAACUUAUCUUGUACAAAAAGCACUCGCCGAGGAAUCGAGCCCCGAAUUGCUCACGGAAAUGGAGAGACUCGAAGCUUGUGUCUUCGAGUGCAAGGAACAAUUGGGCGCUCGUGCCGAAGAACUUGACGUUAUGCUCAGUUGCUACAAAGAGACGACUGCACCUGCCGUCGCCGCUGCGACUCUCAAAGACAAACCAGCCGCCGUUGCGAGAGCUGCUGAAAUUUGCUUCAAACAUGCCCAGUGGAGAUUGACCGAUGCCGAUGGACAGCUCGGCAUCGCCGAUCUCAUACUCACCAACUUUUUGUAUACUAAAACCAGCAAAACCGAUGACUCCGUCGAACACUUGCUCGAACUUGGUUACGUCAGAAUGACGAAUUUAUUACCCAAUCAAAUUUAUACCGAAGUACUCACCCCCACCGAACUUCAGAGCAACAUGCCUGUCGAUCGGCAACGUGCACUUCGUGUCUUUUGUCGAGAAAAGGCACCGGUCGCUGGCAUCUCCGUUAAAGAACACUUUGAAAUCAACGUUGUACCUCUGACGAUAGGUUUGACGAAAAAAUUUUUCAAUACGAUGCUGAAAUUCUGUUUCCCCGAGCGAGAUCCCGAUGGAAUAGAAGAGCCUCCGGCGCCUCAGCGAGACUCGUCGUUUUACGUGCCGAUGGAGAGGCGAGACGACGUGGAAAAGAUGAAGGAGCGAGCUGACAAAAACAAGCUAUUUAUUUACAUAAAAAUACCGGAAGUUCCGGUCCGUGUCUCGUAUAAGGGCAACAAGGAAAAGAAUUUGGAGGAUGUGCGGGACUUCGCUCUCGUUAUACCGACACUGGAAUACCACAACGUCACGUGGACGUGGCUCGAUCUCCUCCUCGCGAUGAAAAGUGACUCGAGGCGAGUGAUAUUGAGCCAAGCUAUAAAGCAAAAAUUGCAAAUAAAGCCCCGCGGGCCUCAAGAAGAAGCGACGCCUCAAGAGGAGGACAAAGCUCGUCUCUUGUUGGGUGCUAGACAUCUUCCAGGUGACGCACGUAAAAAAAGUGUCUUCAAGUUCAAGUAGAAUAAUCAAAUUUCUUCUCGAAGAUGAUAUGAAAAAGAGAAAAAAUAUAUUCAGCUAAGAACUCUCAGGCACAAUUAAAUUCUUGGUAUUAAUCGAGUUUCUGACUCACUAGUGACGAUUGAUGCACAAAAUUUUGACAAAAUGUGGUGAGCACACGUAGACUUUUUUUGCUGUCGAUGCGGCACAGUGCUCAAACUCGAAAAAACUUUCGGCUGCGUGCAUUUUUCUCGAUUUUUUCUCCCUACAAGGCUGACUAAUAAUAACGCGCGUCGAUAUUUUUGCACGUUUCAAUGAUAUUUCGUAACAUUAGGAGCUUAAUCAAGAUUUUUGUAUUGAUGUAGUUUUUUUUUAUCCUUGUAUUUAUGUCUUUUUAUUUUAUUUUCGUACAUUAUCCGUAUUAAUGUUCGUCACGGCUUGAAAAUGAUCUUGCGGGUUCUUGAUCCACUCAGCACAACAACGUGAUGUGUAUAUUUUUGCAAAUCGCAUAUGUAAAUGGUUGUAUCAUAGCAGACUUAGUAACUUAUUCUUCUUUACGAUAAAAUGAUUAAUUAACAAAUACAUUCUAUUAGGUGAAAA